CUUAUCAGUGUCUUCAGGAUCAUUAGAAAAUCACAGGUGGGUGAGUUUUAUCAGGGUUGGAGCUAAACUCUGCAAUGCAUUGGACCCCCGGGGUAAGAUUUGAGGAAGCGUGGUCUACAAAGUACUCUGUGUCACGCAGAUGGCCAUGCAGACGGCUCUACAGGCAAAAAACACGAUGUGAGACUCUGAAAAGUACUUAACUGCCUCGAACAGAAAUGUUUGACACUACAUUAAAAAUGUAAAUUUGCAGUUCCUCAGGUUAGGUCAUUAGAACACAUCACCAGUGCAGAGGGCAUUAAAUAAAUGUAUACAGUGUGCAAACAAAUUACAAUAAGGUGGUAGUUUUACAGAAUGGAGAUAUGUAAGUGACAGAUUAACGCACAUGAAGGACAGAGAGACGUAAGGGAAAAAUGAAGAGACUAAGGAAAAUGGAACACACCUUUUCUGGGUUUUUGGUCAUUUUCAAACUCAAAUUCUCAACCCCGAUUCCUGCACUUGCUUAUUUCUGCUGCAGCAAGGUAAUGGGUGUCACCACAACGGGAGUUUUGAGACCAAGUUACCUAAUUGGCUGACGUCGUAGUGAGGGUAGGUUUAGAGGAGGGGUUAGGUCAAGGGGAUCAAUUUGAUUGCAUGAUUGAGAAACACCCAUUUUUGCUCUGCAGAGACCUCAAUCUCGACCAUUCCGCGCAGGCACUUCAAAACAAGCACACAGUCUGUUGCAUAACUAAACAUUCAAAUAAGUGACGUAGCGGAGUUAAGAGUGUUUCUGUUUCUCUCUGUCUGAAAAACAUUGCCUAAUCAAGGUUUGUCACACUGGACUGAAACAUGGUGGAUACUCAGGAGAGAUUCACUUUAUCUUAUUUAUUGAAAUACCUGUUUACUUUAUUGGGACUGUUAUUGUUCCUGUUGGAUAUAGCACUGGACAUUUGGACUGUUGUGUCUUUUUAUCAGGACGGGGCAUAUGUGUACAUGGCAGUGAUGAUCUUUCUGCUGCUGGGUUCUUCAGUGUUGUUACAGGUCUUCAGCUGGCUCUGGUACUCUGAUUCUCUGGAUAAAAUUAAGACUAAAGUGGAGAAAUUUGCAAACCAGCAUUUACUGAUCAACCCAUUACACUUCCUGCAGCUCGGAGUCUACCUCAGGUAUGCUGGGGUGAUAGAGACUUCUACGAGGGAUUUUUGUCAUCGCACAAAUAGUUUCAGAGAGGAUAUGUACCUGUACCAAGACCUGCAGAUGCUUUGUCUCUUUGAGACAUUUUUUGAAAGCGCCCCACAACUCGUACUCAUGACGUCUAUAAUCUUACAGAGAGGAGAGCUGGAGCUUAUUACAGGUUUUAAAAUCCUCACAUCAGCUGCUGCGAUUGCCAAAAGUGUUGCUAUGUAUCACCGCUGCAUGCGUGUCUAUCUUCCCGAGAAAUGCAAGAUGAGUUGGAUCUCCACUGCCGUCUACUUCCUGUGGAACUUGUUGGUGAUUAUUCCCCGUGUAUCUGCUCUGGCGCUCUUCUGCAGUGUGUUGCCAUGCUACAUCACAGCUCACUUCCUGUCUUGGUGGAUGCUGCUGGUUUUAGCGGCCUGGAGCCAGAAAACAAAUUACAUGAAAAGUCCUGGUUGGGAAUGGCUCUUCAGAGCUGCUGUUGGACUCAUCUGGUACUUCUGCUGGUUUAACGUGUCCAAAAAAAGCAUCAAAGUAAAGAUGGCUGUCUAUUAUAGUUUGAUGGCUUUGGACACAGUGAUGCUGCUGGGCUUCUGGUGCUGGAAGGUGUUUGAGUAUGCAGGAUGCUCCUUGAAUCCUUACGUGGUGAUACCGACACUACUAGGUUUAUAUGUCAGUGGAAUACUAGUGAAAAUUAUAUACUACAAAUGGUUUCAUCCCAAUGGUAAUGAAAAAAAAAUCACUGAACCCACUGAAGAAGAGAACCUCAGAAGAGCUAAAACAUAUGAAAUGGACUCGGACUGCACCCCAGAAGACAUAGACAUUUCUGAGCAGCCUUUCACUGGAGUCCACCAGAGGAGCAGGACAAUGGCUGCUAAUUUCUACUUCUAGCUCUUGGUUGAACUUUUAAAGUUUUUCAUAUAAAAAACUGAUUGAAUGAGAUUUAAAUUGACGAUUGUAAAAGAUGUUGGGACUGGAUUAGUACAUGCCAGGAACAGCUGAUGCGAGCUUGACUGAUCGGGUCUGACUGAAAUAACGCAAUGCUAGAUUUAAGUUAAAGGGGUCAUAUGACGCGAUUUCAAGUUUUUCUUUCUCUUUGGAGUGUUACAAGCUGUUAGUGCAUAGAUAAGGUCCAUAAAGUUGCUAAGACUAA